AUGGCCAAAUCCUUUCAAUCGGUUCUUUAUGGUUACUUUCUUGGCCCCCGACUUCCUUUCCCAAUUGUUUUACGGGCUGUUCAGAAUGCUUGGGGAAAAUUUGGUCUAAUAGAUGCUAUGGUCAAUGAUWUGGGGUACUUCUUUUUUCGCUUUAAUGAUGAGGGUGGGUGUAACCAAGUUAUUGACGCUUCACCCCUUAUGAUUCGUGGGAGGCCGCUGUUUGUUUCUUUAUGGGAUCCUUCAAAGGGGCUCCAGAAGCCUGUGCACACGUCAUGCCCAUUAUGGGUGAAGUUUUUUAAUAUUCCACUAGUAGCUUUCAAUAAGGAGGGUGUUAGCCGCAUUGCUAGCGCCAUUGGUGUCCCGUUGCGUUUAGAUGCAUGUACUGCCUCCACAUGUGAUAGAGAAUGGGGUCGUACGAACUUUGCUAAAGUGUUGGUGGAUGUGUGGGCCGUGGGGGAAAUGCAGAGGAACAUAGAAGUGGUAAUUCCAAGGCUAUCGGGUACUGGAGAGGAUAUCAUAAAUGUUGUUUUGGAAUAUGAUUGGGUUCCUUCCCAAUGUUCAGCCUGUAAUGUGUUUGGUCAUCGAACGGGGUCAUGUAUGAAAGGGGAUAUUGCAAAGAAACGGGGGUCUGACAUAGUCACGAAUAAAAGGGGGUUCACAGAGAUUAGGCGGAAACAGUGGAGGAAAAAGGAUAUAUCAGCACGUACAGAUUCUCAGGCAACAUCAUCUGGAGCGGUAACAGGUACACAGGAAACUAUAACUGGGGUGGGUAUUCUUAAAAGGGUUCAGGAGAGUUCAAAACCCUCGGGGAAGGAUACAAAUGUCAAACAUAUAUCCAGCUCUGGGGCUUCUACGGCUUCUACGGUUUUGGAGGGAUUGGAUAAAGGAUCUGUUGAUGGACAAUUCUGUACGGUAAAUGCGGGACGUACACCAAGAGGACGAGAGGAUAUCUCAAAUGGUCAAUCUGUAUUGAAAGGAAAUCCGGAGUUAGUAAAAAAGGUGGUCCAAGCUUUUAAACCAAGGAGGGGAAAAGUUCUUGAUAUGACGAAUAGCAAUCGGUUUUCUUCUCUUUCUGACGAAUCUAGUGAUGAUGAUAUGGAGGUCAUUGAUAUGGAGGAGCGUUUAAGGGAAAAAAGAGGAGGGGCUGAUCCACCUACUUUGUCUCAAUGA